AAGGAGACGCGACUACCGGAAAUGCGGAAUUCGGGGAAAGAGCGCGCGCUAGGGCAGUGGGAGUGAGGCCUGGCGUCACAGAUCCUGACAGGGAAGAAGUAGGCAGGUCCUGGCAGGGGGGAGCUGUGGCGGCGGUAUCUCGGGUAUAGCCAGCUCCAGCCGGAUGGAGUCUCGAGUCGCGGACGCCGGGGCCGGCCAGGCUGAGCGCUCAGCGGGCGAGGGCCGGACAAGCAGCGGCGCCGCUCAGGGACCCGCAGUCUCGGCGCCCUUGGGUGCUGCCCGGUGGAAGCUCCUGCGGCAGGCUCUGAAACAAAAACACCUGGAUGAUUGUCUACGACAUGUAUCUGUAAGAAGAUUUGAAUCAUUUAAUCUGUUCUCAGUAACAGAAGCCCAAAAAAGGGAAACUGAAGAGGAAGUUGGUGCCUGGGUCCAAUAUACAAGCAUCUUCUAUCCUGAAUACAGUAUUUUCUUAAGGCAUAAUAGUGGAUCUUUGAAUGUUGAAGAUGUUCUUACCAGCUUUGACAAUACAGGAAAUAUUUGCAUCUGGCCGGCUGAAGAGGUUUUGGCUUACUACUGCCUCAAGCACAGUGAUGUAUUCAGGGACCUUGCUGUGUGUGAGCUAGGGGGUGGCAUGACAUGCUUGGCUGGGCUCAUGGUUGCUAUUUCUGCAGAUGUCAAAGAAGUUCUGUUAACUGAUGGGAAUGAAAAGGCCAUCAGAAAUGUGAGAGACAUCAUCACAAGGAAUCAGAUGGCUGGUGUGUUUAAGACUGGGACCAUAUCAAGCCGCGUUUUACGAUGGGAUAAUGAGACAGAUGUCUCUCAACUGGAAGGACAUUUUGACAUUGUUAUGUGUGCUGACUGCCUGUUUCUGGACCAGUACAGAGCCAGCCUUGUUGAUGCAAUAAAGAGAUUACUCCAGCCCAGGGGGAAAGCAAUGGUAUUUGCCCCACGCCGAGGGAAUACUUUAAACCAGUUUUGCAAUCUAGCUGAAAAAGCUGGUUUCUCUAUCCAAAGACAUGAAAAUUAUGAUGAACACAUUUCAAACUUCCACUCCAAGUUGAAAAAGGAAAACCAGGAUAUAUAUGAAGAAAACCUUCAUUACCCACUUCUGCUUAUUUUAACCAAAGAUGAAUAGAAGAUUAAGCUGCUCGAAAGACAAAGAAAACAUCCAGUGUACAGGCAGUAUUUUCACAAAAACAGAAAUCUGUAACGGGUAUAAUAUGCAGUAAGCCGUUGGCUCCCUGAGAUUUUCAAGCCCUCAGGACAUGGGCCCCAACUGCCUUUGCAACAUUCCAUGUGUGGGUUCCAGGGUCCACCUGUCCUCACCCACGUGACUCCCCAGCUGUCCUGGACUCCUCUUUUUUCCAUCUGCUUGUUGCUCUUCCUGCACCAAACUUUUGUCUUUAAAUAUGUAUAAGCGGCCUAUGUGAGAUUUGAAUUGGACUUGAGAGCCACCCAAAUAUUUUUCCCUCUCAUUGAGACAGAAUUUCUUUUGGUGAUUCCCACCCCACCCCACCCCCCUUUAGAAAAUAUCUUGGUCUUUGUUCUAUUUUAGUGGUGGUCAUUCUUCAUCUGCCAACCCAGCAAACAUGAUGAUUCUUUCCUGGUUAAAAAAAGAAAGCAAGCAAGCAAAUCUUUCAGAUCACCCUCACAUUAAUUGUAUUAAAUCUGCCAUCUCUGUUUUGCUGUCUCUCUCUCUCACCCAUUCUCUUUUUUUCUUUUAAACAGGAUGUUUUUUUUCCCUAUAGAUGUAUAAGCAAUGACUACAUCAGCCCAAAGCCUCAUAAACUGACCGUUUGUCCUCUGGACACAAUAGCAUGGCCGGCCCUCUGCUCCUCCUCUCCAAUUAUGUGUGAUUAGUCUCAAUGCGUUGUGUCAAGGAGGCGGAGUGUGCUGAGUGCUUAUUAUCUGUUUAGGUACAAGAAGAGCACAUUUAGGCUCUGACUAUGGAUGAAAAGUGAGCCUUUAUCAGGGCUCAAAUCUACUGCUGUUCUCCAGGCCUCUUUCAAAAGAGGUCCCUUCCAGGGAAAUUUUGAAUAAAUGGUUGAUAAAACGAGAUGGCAACCAGGGCGAGUUUUUAAAAACUCGAUCACACAAUUAUCUGAUUGAAAGUAAGUAUAUAUAGUCCUAUGCAGCAAUACAAGUGUAUGGUAAACAUUUAAUAUGUGCUACCUAGGAUUAAGAGAGAAUGACUUUUCUGCAGGGAACCCAAGCCUCUCCUUGCCUGGUUCAUCCCCGAGAUGCUCUAAUGCCUUUUGUGGAAAUUCAGAUGUUUAUCUGUAAGGAAUCAUCUGUGUCCACUUUCACAGUAAUGUCAUUAGUAGGUUAGCUAUAUAUCCUACUAUCUUUAGUAGAGGCAAAGCGUGUAUUUAGCGUGAUACAAUUAAAGUGAUAGGUGGGAGACUGGGGGCGAAUCCUUUCGCAUGUUAAGCAAACUUAGCUGUCAUAAAAACAGCGACUCUCAGAUGUCUGCUCUGCUCACUUCUAUCAUCAAACAGAUCUUUCACCAUCAGUUUGCAUGUUCUUGUAUUCACCACUUUUUCUGCUCCAUUAGAGCACCUAGAUGGAUCUCUGAAGGCAUAGGUCAAGCCGCAGUUAGAUCAUACAUUUCUUUCUCACAAAAACUUGAAUUGCAAUGCCAAGUGAUGGGCUAACAUCACAAUAACAGCAAUUUAUUCCUCUUUGGAUAAAACAGCAGUCUAUUCUCAGUGCUAGAUAAAAGACCAGGGCAAUGCAAACCAGCCAUUUAGCUGAGUAGUUCAGCUAGUGGCAGCUCUCCUUUGGCGACUGUAUAGGUUGCACACUGGCUUCAUAUUUUCUUGUUUAAAAAAUCAGAACUCGGAACGUUUUAAAAGGCAACACAGGUAGUUCCAUUUAUACUGGUGAAAAUACAGAGAAAUGAUUUCUUCCUGCAACUAAAUCUGCCAGACAAAGAAAACCCAUCCCUGCAGUAGCAUCUAAGAUCGCCUGUUCUUAUUUUUUCUUGUAAAAUAUAGAACAUCAGAACCGUGAGAGUAGUUCCAUUUUUUCCUCAUGAAAAUACAUGAAUUGGCAAGAAUUCAAUUUACAUUUGUGUUUUGUGGGUGUAGAAAUCCAGUGUUUAUUUUGCUGGAAGAAAUUGUAUUUUAAAAAGUAAAUUAGUAGUGUGUUUUUUCUUAAUAUCUGAGAAUAGUGUGUACAGUUACCUAAGCUGGAGACAGGGUAUAAGAAUUGAGCUGUGCUACCAAAAGACAUUGAGUAAAGAAAUAUGUUCAUUGUGACUAAAACCUAGAGAAUCUUUUGUAAAAUGUUGAGGGUUUCAUAGAUUUGCUCUUUAUGGGACCCUUACCUGGAGAUGUCACUAGUCUGGGCUCUUUGGAAGUUUGUAAGAAACUAAUGUUGUAUAUUAUUGAAUAGUUUAAAAGUGUUUUUAUUUUCUCAAAUUUUGGCGAAGUGCCGAUAUUGAGAGGGGAAAAAAUUAUAGCUGCUUUAGAAAGUUUAUCCACUUACAUUUCUUUUGAACUUGAUGGUUAAGAAUUAUUUCUCUGCAUCGGUAUUGGGUUGCAUAAUUGCAAUUGAAAUGCCCCAUUUCAUAAUUGUCUGUGUAAUUGUGCCUGUGUUUGUUUCAAAACAAAGCCUGUCUGAAAUCAUAAGAAUUAUUACUAUAUUUCUGUUUCCUGUGUACCUGUAUCUUCUGAGAAAACUCACAAAUCUCUUUUGUCAUACUAAAUAGAUUUGGUUGGAUGUGAGAAUGUUUCUAAUAUCGCCCAUGAUCAGUUCUAAUGCGGUGAUAUGAACAGCCACAUACAAGUUGGUUAUAAGAAAUAGAUUUUAUUUUAUAGCAAGACAUAUGCUGUGAAUUGGGAUAAAAGUGCUAGAAAAGACUACCUAAGAGGUUGAUGCUAUUUUGUAUAAAUUGUGUAUUUUGUUGGCUUUUUGACUGAGCAUGAAAAUGUAACUUCCAUUAGGGUAGGGUAAUUUAGGUGCUCUGUAUUCAGCAGAAAACUUGUCGGGCCAUAAAAGCUUUUCUGGCUGGUUCCUCCGGUGUUUUCAGAGAAGAGCUGCCCGCCCCUUGCUGAUUUUCCCUUUGGCUUCAGUAUGGGCUGAAUUUACCACUGCAUACCUGUUGAAUCAAUUUGGGGGAUCUAGCAGUUAACUGAGUGAAUGGAAGGAUUAGUGGCCUUCUGGAGCCCUAUUUCAACAGCCAGGUGUCUUUCCUAAACUAGUUAACUGCUUUUGACAGUUGAAGAACCUGGUUUUAAUACCAUAGGCAGGAGAUUGUUGACGUAGUGGGUUUUUUGUUUUCUUUUUCUCUCCACUAUCAAUGUGGGGCAUACCUUCUUCUCCUAAGGGUUAGGCUGCUGCUUCUUUUUUAAUAGGAAUGGACUGUCCCCUUCCUUCAGCACAGCUUCCGUGGGGCUUUUGUGCUUAGUCAGCAUUUGACUUGUUUCCAAUCUAUGCCAAGCAACUGGGUGGCAUUGUCCAGCAGUGGACUCGGGGGAGGGGGCAGAAUGCUCACUCAGGGGAGGGAGUCAUGUGUACCUAGACACACACACAUAGACACACUCACAGGGAAGAUAAGGCUGUUUAGACCCUCAAUCUGCUUCCAGAUUCCAGGUACACUCCCCACCCCAGAUCAAAGUCUCCUGAGUUCAGACUGUAUGAAAUGUCAAAAUUAGGCUGAGUGUAUCCCAGAGAGGAAAGAUUGAUUUGAAAGUCAGACUGGGUCUCCUUAGAAACUGAAUUUAGACAGUGGGCAAAUAUGUUUUCCCGAGUGGACUAUUUCCAAAUUAGGAAGCAGCCCGUUGGUGUUUAACAAACCAUUAAGCCUGAAAUGCCACGUUUAAUUCUCAGAUUUCAUUUUACCCAGAAACCUUACUGCCCAGGCUGUGACUAAAUGCUCACUCUGUUCUCUGCCCUGGACGUCUGUUCAUUUGGAGUCUAUUUUUUGCCUUUUUUGUCCCCCUGACUUUUCAAUUAAUACAUUUUUUAAUAGAUAAAACAGAUCACACUGUGACUUUUAAAAUGUCAACAAGCUUGUAAACAGAAAUGUAAUAAAAUGGCUAAUAGGAGAUUCAAUAGUUAAUAGAGGGCCUGAAGUGUGAGCAAAUACAGUAGCUGUAUAUUGGAAACUGUGCAAGUGAAGAUGGCUUUAGUAUUGCAAACUGAGGAAGAAAAUUGUUUUUAAUUAGCACCUUCAUAAGAACUGCUGAUUAAUACUGUUUUGUUUGGUGAAAAGCUUUCAGCUGAGUAAUUUGUACAGCCAUUACAACAGUUUUGUUAGAGCGGGACUCCUGUUGUUAAACACAAACAGCAGAUGAUAAUGGUGGAAGAUGAGUUUGUCAUGUAACAAUUUACCUUAUUGAAAAAAGCUUUAUAUUAAACCCAAUACAGUAGGUACCAGCAGAAAUCACAUAUUUUACAUCCUUCCAAAAUUGCAGUGUGCCAUGCUUAUAUUUUUUUUUCAGGGACUAGAAGCAGAUUUUAUAUCAUUUAUAAAAUUAUAUACACAAUUUAAAGGUGGUGUAGCAUGGACAGACCACUUUCUCAGCAGCGGUUUACAUCGGAGCGGUAAAGUGGCCGUGUAUUCAAACACUUUCUAACUAUACAAAGCAGGUUGGAAAAUGGAAUCCUAAUUAAAUAAUGUUAGAUGUAAAUUUGCAUUGGGACUGGAUGUAGGGAAAUAAGAAUUAGUGUUUCUGCCUUAGGUGGGUUUAUCACACAUAGGAUGUUUAAAAACAAAAACCUCUUUCACAAGGAAAGUUUAAUUAACCUUUUCUUUUUUUUUUGGGAGGUGUUUUUAACCGACCAAGGAAAAGAGUACACAUUCAAUGAGACCUGACCAGGGAAUAAGAGGCUGAUUUCAGUGAACUCCCAUCAAAUGGAUAUUGCCCUAGCCAGAGGCAUGGGAACUUUUUUUUUCUUUUUAAAUAAAAUGCAAUGGUAAAGCAUAUUUGCAUUAAAAUAUUAU